AUGCAGGCUGUAUGCGGUGUAGUCAAGCCACCACCACAAGCGCCUGCUUUUGAGUCGACUCAAAAGCACCGCCUGCAGGCUGUAUGCGGUGUAGUCAAGCCACCACCACAAGCGCCUGCUUUUGAGUCGACUCAAAAGCACCGCAUGCAGGCUGUAUGCGGUGUAGUCAAGUCACCACCACCAGCGCCUGCUUUUGAGUCGACUCAAAAGCACCGCAUGCAGGCUUCACCACCACCAGCGCCUGAAAGGCAAUACGCACUCAAAUCGUGGGGCACCAGUAACUUCACCACGCACUCCCAUCACUCCCAGCACUCCCAUCACUCCCAGCACUCCCAUCACUCCCAUCACUCCCAUCACUCCCAUCACUCGCAUCACUCCCAACACUCCCAUCAAUCCCAUCACUCCCAUCACUCCCAGCACUCCCAUAACUCCAAGCACUCCCAUCACUCCCAUCACUCCCAUCACUCCCAUCACUCUCAUCUCUCCCAGCACUCCUGA